GAAAUCCCCAAAACCCGAAAAUGGAGCCAUGGGAAGCUCUCGACAUUGACGAUUCCGACAUCCCUUCCCUCCUCCGCCCUUGUAAGCGUCUCCACCGCCAAGAAAACCCUAUUUCGAUUUCCACCGCUUCACCGGCUGGACCGUUCCUCAGGCCUUGCUCUCGCCGUUCUUCUCCAACCCUAGUAGUAGAAGAAGAUCAACAAGAACCCUCGGAACCGAAACGCAGAAUCAUUCCUGGGCCCGCCGGAGCUGUACAAUCCGCGAUGUUACAGAAAGCUCGAGAUCGAGAGAAGGAGAAUAUUCUUGGUUCUGAAAGCAUUCAUUUCAAUCCAGUAUCUACCCAAGAGUAUAUAAGGAGAGCCGUCGAAGAUGUCCCGGAAUUCGAUGAUGACUUUAGCGGGAAUCCAUGGCUUUCAGCCCUUCAAUUCAUUGGUACGGUGGAUGGUGUUGUUCCGAGUGUCCCUUUGAGCUCUUUCAGUGAGUGCGGGAAUUUUGGCAAAGUCGACCGGGUUGUGGCGGUUAUCAAAUCUCGGGCCCCCAUUAUUCUUGGUGGUUUGAUGGUGACUCUAAAGGAUCCAACCGGUACAAUUGGGGCUGCAGUUCAUCAUAAACUUUUAAGUGAAAGUCAAUUUUCACAGGAUUUUGUCAUUGGUUCAGUCCUGAUACUGGAGAAGGUUGCCACAUUCUCGCCUUCCAAAUCAGUAUACUAUCUCAACAUAACGCCUAAGAAUCUUGUGAAGGUAUUCAAGAAAGAUGAUCUUUCAACUGAACAUCAAACUCGUGCACAUUCUGUCAAAUAUGUUGCUCCUCGUGAAGAGUUCGCAGAGAAAGUUGGAUCACCAGAAAAGAUGAUGGUUCCAGAAGGGAGUUUUGAGGUCUUAGAUGGGAUGGAACAACCGAUUGAUGACAGACAGAGAUUGGAAAGUAAUCAUCACUCACAAAAAGGAGAUCAAGUUCCUGAAUGUUUAACAGGCAGCAGCAGAUGCACUUUAAAUGAUAAUAUUGUUGGUAAAGAACCGUCAAUCUUGUCACAAGAUGCUGGUGAAGGAUUGGUGGAAGAAACACUGUCAGAGAAAGCUGGUGAUCAGCAUGUGUUUUCACAAGGCAUUGAUAGAGGGCCCAAAGCUGGGAUUCCAAAAAAGAGGUUCAGGGAUGAAGCUGCAAAAUGUUUGACAGCAGACCACGUUGAAAUUCAAGAAGACUGCAGAAAUGAAAAGCAAAAGAAGCCGUUCACUGCUUCUCUUCCAUUGUGGACUGAUGAACAGCUGGAGGAACUUUUUGCCGGCCAUGAUGAGGACGAUCGCUCAUUCUUCUAAAGGCUUCUGGUGCAGUGAUUAGUCAUUUACUCAUUUUAUAGUUCAGUAAGAAUCGUAAAUAGAGGGGAGGCGAGGUUGUAAAUGAGGUUCAUUUUUUGCAUUUUCUGUAGUCGACUAUAACCAAAUGUUGCCCCAGAGGCUGGAAAAUUUGAGCUUAUUGAUCCUUCAAUUUGAAGGGCUUCAGCCCUUGGGGUAAGUCAAUAGAAA